GGCCCGUGGCCCUCCUCUCUCGCUCCCAUAGGCAGCAGGGGACACAGCUGACAGGAUCGUCGUCGUACCUCCUGCUUGAUUGGAUCCACCAUUUUGCUUCUCCAUUGAGCAUUUGAACCUGUGGCUACCCUCUGCCUGCCUAUCAGCCAGCUUCUUCCAUGGACUCCAUCCUCUUCAUCAUCGGCAUCAUAGGCAACGUCAUCUCAGUUCUACUCUUCAUAUCUCCCAUCAAGACGUUCUGGAGGAUCGUGAGGAGCGGGUCGACGGAGGAGUUCGAGGCGGCGCCGUACGUGUUCACGCUGCUCAACGCGCUGCUGUGGCUCUACUACGGCCUCACCAAGCCCGAUGGCCUCCUCAUCGCCACCGUCAAUGGCUUCGGGGCAGUCAUGGAGGCCAUCUACGUCGUCCUCUUCAUCGUCUACGCCGCCGAUCAUGCCACAAGGAUUAAGGCCGCAAAGCUGGCAGCAGCGUUGGACAUUGGUGGCUUUGGAGUCGUGUUCGCGGCCACCACAUUCGCCAUCAGUGAAUUAGACUUGAGAAUCAUGGUGAUUGGAAUGAUAUGCGCCUGCCUCAAUGUGCUCAUGUACGGGUCUCCCCUCGCUGCCAUGAAAACGGUGAUCACCACCAAGAGCGUGGAGUUCAUGCCCUUCUUCCUCUCCUUCUUCCUCUUCCUCAACGGAGGCAUCUGGGCAACGUACGCUGUGCUUGAUCGAGACAUCUUCCUCGGGAUCCCCAAUGGGAUAGGCUUCAUCCUGGGCAGCAUCCAGCUGAUCAUCUAUGUGAUCUACAUGAACAGCAAGGUCUCCCAUAGCAGCAAUGAAACAGGGGAAGAUGGAUGGCAAGCUUCGGAUCCUCUUCUGGCCUCCAACGCUUGAUAUAUAUGAUCAGGGAGAAGCAUCCAACAUGUUUCAUGUGCGGUAUGCAGUAUGCUGGAGUGGAAGCCUGGUUAGAAAAACCUUCAAACUUCACAAGUGUGCCUACCAAUAUCCUAGUGAAUAGUGAUUGUUUAUUGUUUAAGCAUGUAAAUUUUCUUCAAUGAAUGCUAUUUUUAUGUAAGCUUCAAUGAUGCCAGUGUUGAUCCAAUUAUAUUUUAGACUUUUAGCACCAAACUUUGUUAGAGUAGGGUGUUGUCCAUGAACAAAUGAUGAAAACCCAUACAUUUGAUUAUCCAGAAAAAAUAUUUUUUUGGUUGUUUGUCA